UAUGCGAAAAUUAAUACCAACAACACUUUUAACAAAAAGUUUACCAAACGCCAAACUGCUUUCUCUCACAACUAAUUUCUCUCACAAUAAAUCUAACAAUGAUUAUUUUUACAACACAACAAUGCCAAACUAUUCUUAAUGUCACAUUCCAUAAAUGGCAAUGAGACACAUCUAUACGAUAGUCAAACAUUUCACACUUCUGUUACUGGCAAAACCAAAAAACCCCCGCUUGGAAAAUCACAAUACCUUAGCAAGUAAGAGAUUAGAAAUCUGGAGAUGACGAAGAAACCGACAUCAACAGCAACAUGGGCACUUCACAAAUUGCUUAGCAUGUCACCUGCCAUGGCUCCCAACCAAGACCAAGAACAAGAUGGGAUUCCCUUCUUGAGUGAUAGGCACUUUGCCUUGCAUGGGGAGGUCAUGAUGGUUGUUGUGGUUGUUCUCUUUGCUGCUUUCAUUCUCUGCCUUGCUGUGCUUCCAUGUCUCAAGCGAGCUAAGAGUCCUCAACUGCGAUUGAAUUCAGUUGAUGAAGAAGACUCUGCUGUUGUUGCGAAGCCAUUCAAUUGUUUCUCACUGUGGUUGAAGAAAAAGAGGACAGAUGAUGUUGGUGCACAGGAAAAUGGUGCAGCAGAGUUGCCAUUGACGUCUUCUAGUUCAUAACAAGUGAUUUUGCUUUUAGAGAGAUUUGCAUAGUGGGGGACUUGGUAAGUGCAGAGCAAUUCUGUUUUGGCCUUGUUUGGCUAACAUGUAAUCUGGGCUGUGGCUGUGAUGAGCCUUCCAUGAUGUCUGUGUCACGGUUACAUGUCCCUUAUCUUGUGUUUUUAUAAUGUUUGAAUUCUCAAUCACACACCUAAUAUCUUCUAUGUUCCAUCAUUUUUUUCUUGUA